GUGAUCAGAGCUUCAGUCAUCCUCUUUCUACACAGGACAUCCCUCCGCCUCACACCAGCGUAGACAGGGGUUAGACACGGCCGUAACAUCACCCAUCACUGUUCUGUAGGACCGCGAUUUCCUCCUCCACCUGCAUCAGCACCAGUCCGCAUCCAGCAGCGAGAACCACCGGGUAGCGACCAUGUCUGUAGCGGGGCUCAAGAAGCAAUUCCACAAAGCCACUCAGAAAGUGAGUGAGAAAGUCGGCGGUGCAGAGGGAACGAAGCUCGAUGAGGACUUUACUGAAAUGGAAAAGAAGGUGGACACCACCGCUAGGGCGGUGUUGGACAUCAUGACCAAGACCACUGAGUAUCUGCAGCCAAACCCAGCCACCAGAGCCAAGAUGAGCAUGAUGAACUCCAUGUCACGCAUCCGGGGUCAGGAAAAGGGUCCGGGUUACACGCAGACCGAAGCCAUCCUGGGAGAGUCCAUGACGAGGUUCGGCAGGGAGCUGGGAGAGGAAUCAAACUUUGGCCUUGCACUGAUCGAUGCUGGAGAGGCCAUGCGUGAGCUCGGGGAGGUUAAGGAUGCUUUGGACAUGGAGGUGAAGCAGAAUUUCAUUGAUCCACUGCAGAACCUUCAUGAAAAAGACCUCAAGGAAAUUCAGCACCACCUGAAGAAAAUGGAGGGCCGUCGCCUGGACUUUGAUUAUAAGAAGAAACGUCAGGGAAAGGUGACGGACGACGAGAUCAAACAAGCGUUAGAGAAAUUUGACGACUCCAAGGAGAUCGCAGAGCAGAGCAUGUUCAACCUGUUGGAAAGCGAUAUUGAACAGGUGAGCCAGCUGGCAGCGCUGGUCCACGCUCAGGUGGAGUAUCACAGCCGGGCCGCUGAGAUCCUCACACAGCUGUCCAGUAAGAUCGACGAACGGAUAAGAGAUACAUCCACCAAACCAAGGAAAGAGUACCUUCCUAAACCACGUACAUCUCUGGACUUCUCCAUCAGCGAGAACCACAAUGGAGGCAUCCACGGUGCUCGUUCUCCAGGAGCGAGGUCUCCAGCAAGGUCUCCAGCAAGAUCUCCAGCCAGGUCUCCAGCUCCGAUGGACCAGCCGUGCUGUCGCGCCCUUUACGAUUUCGACCCGGAGAAUGAGGGCGAGCUAGGCUUCAAAGAGGGCGACAUCAUCACCCUGACCAAUAAGAUUGAUGAAAACUGGUACGAGGGCAUGUUGCACGGCAACUCCGGCUUCUUCCCCAUCAACUACGUGGACAUCCUGGUGCCUCUGCCGCACUAGGGCAGCGGUUCAUCCUGCACGGCAACCAGCUACGUCGGCCAAUCGCGGCUAAGCAGUUCCUGGCCUCUGAGUCCCCCUCCCCAGUGCUCCCAGUAACCUUUUCCUAAACAUUCCUACCAGUUUCCUUUACUCCACUUUAAAGGAGUCAAAAGUGCAGCAACACAAUUACAAAGAUAUGACUAAGACUGACAAAACACGUAUGCACCAAUUGAACAUUUCAAAGUUAAUGAGGAAAAUCAGUAUUGUUGUUGCUGCGUCCCCCCACUCCCACAGGAGGAACCUCCAUAGACAUUUUAUCCAUGUCUGUCCCAGCUUUUGUCUCAGUUUAAGUCAGUCUGUCAUGAGUUUAUAAGAACAGCUUCUCAAAAUCACACUUAUUCACUGUACUUUGUGGAAACCUCUAGAUAGAAACUUUCUCUCACAUACAAAAAAAAUUAAUGGGUCCACGUGCUUCAUGUUUGUUAGUUUCUUCUGUAGGUCAAGCAUGGUUUCAAGUGUUUAUCUUAUGAAAUAUGUUGAGCUGUUUUGUUUAAAUAUUCCUCUUCUUAUCUGAAGACAUCUUUUAGCGAGAUCGGGCAGUUUCCCGGACAUUUUAAAUAUUCCGUCCGUCGUAGUAGACAAAUCCAUCUCCGUGACAACUUACAACCACAGUAAUAAACAGACUUUUCUUUGUUUUGUUUUUCUGUUUUGUUUUGUUUUUUUUGUUGGGUUUUUUUUUUGUUUUGUUUUUUUUCUUUUUUAUGUGUGCGUGUGACCAGUCUUAUGCGAUUUAGAUACCAAAGUUACCUGCAAAAACCUGAAGUCUACGUCAGCGAUGUCAGCAAACCUGCGCUUAUCACCAGGGUGAAGCUUACAAUCUGUAGUUCUUUGGUAUUUUUAUCAGGGUGGGGGCAAACUUGUAUUCUUAAAUAUGUGACAUUACAUAUCUGAGCCAGUGAUUAGUGAAGUGGUAACAUGAUUUGCAAAAAAACACAAGUUGUGAAGUUUAAACUGUUUGAAGUGUAAGAAAAUUAUGGUGCAUUUGCUCAGUAUGAAGUAAGUUUCAAUCCUCCGAUGUGUAUUUUAUCAGCAACUUGUGUGAAAAUGGUUGAUGUAUUGUGAUAUUUAAAUAACUUUAGGACUUUACUGCUCGUUGGAGCGCCUCUUUUUUUUCUGCAGCGGAGGGUGUAGCUCUUUACGCUGCAUCAGAUUCCCUACUAGUCUGAUUAGUAGUCUGUAGUUUAGCUGUCUAUAAGCCAUUAAGAUGAAAUUAGACGUAGCCAACAGUCCUCUCUUUGAAAUACUUUCUCAGGAGGACAAAUGAGUGGCUGAUUGGAAUGAGAGUGCAGAUGUUUUACUAAUUGAAAUGAUGCAACUUAAACUAAACACUCUUUUUUCUGUAACAACACAGACUAAAAGCUGCUGUUUUCCCCUUUUUAUGUCAGACCUCAAACUAAAACUUACACAUUCUGUUGCAUUUUCCUAUCCCGCUAUAUGCUUGUGCGCAGUAUUGUGUGGGAUUUUGUCCCUCCUCUAACGUUAUGUUCUGAUAAUCUAGAAAUCAAACCAAAACCAACCUCAGUUAUUACAGUAUUACAGUGUUAAAGUCAGCUGAGCAGUGUGUUAACUUCUUCUGCAAAAUAACCACCCAUCUUGUAACAAUGUUGAGUGUAUUUGGGGCGGGGUGCGUAGUGUAUGGGGUUGCAUACAUGUUCAUUUUAUGCACAGGGGUGGGGGUGCAGAAAACCUCUACUGCUGAGGUAAAUAUGAUCUACUGUCUCUGACAGUGUUCAACAUUUAAAACAAACGUGGUCGUCUCUAAUUACAAUAAAAUACAGAUGCAGAAUCCACUGAUCUGGUCUCCCAUACCAAGUCUUUUGUUUUGUUCUUUUAAAGGGAAGCACAACUUUAACAGACAUUGUUCUUUGUUGGUAAUAAUAAUAAUAAUAAUAGUAAUAAUAAUAAUAAUAAUAAUAAUAAUAAUAAUACAGUUUGAAGAGGUCAUGUUUUUUUUUAAAGCGAUAACCUUCCUUCUUUUUCUCUUUCACUUUUUUUAACAAUCGUGUGUAUCUUUGCCCUCAAUGAGGACUGUACAGCUUUUCUGUGUUUUGUUUUCACCUUGUGUGUAUAGUCGCGCAUCUACAGUAACGUAUCUUAUUUUUGUAACUGUGACAAAAGUAUACACAUAUAGAUGUAUAUAUACAGUAUAUUAUCCAGAAGCAAUGUGAAAGGAGGGAUUCUCUGUGCUGCACAUGAUUGUCUUUGGGUUGUUUUGUUUCUUUAUUUUCUGUUUCAUUUUCUUCUUGCACUGGAUUCUAAGACUGUGUGCUUGAUGUAAAGAAACAAAUGUGAUAAGUCAAUGUAAUUUAUUCAAAUAAAUACCAAGAAAUGGUUAUA